AACUACAUUUAGCUCCCUUUCUAGCAGCUCUGAUGGUUUUCACAUUUCUUAUCUUCUAAGUGCAAUGACAACUGAUAUGAAUUGUUGGAAAUAGAAAACACUUAUGUUAUCACCAACAAUGGAUCCAAAAACAUCUUCAGAACUUGAUAAUUGUAUUGUAUGUCCAGUGUGUUCUACCAGGCAUCUUUGUGGAAAAGAUCAGACAAAAGAUGGAGUUUUUGCAGGCAACUGUGAAGGUUGUGGAUAUUUUUUCAAGUUUCGUGUGAAGUCUGAUAUUAAUUCAGAAAUCUCUGUAACCAUAAAUGGACAGAAAUAUACAGUUGCAAAUGAAUAUCCACCAUGGACUUCAUUGAACACAUAUCUAAGGAAAGAGAGGAUUUCUGUUGGUACAAAGGUCAUGUGCCGUGAAGGAGGGUGUGGUAUUUGUAUGGUGGAGGCUAAAUUAUAUGAACCUAUAUCAGAUAGCAUGAAAAGUUAUCCAAUUAACUCUUGCCUAUGUCCAUUAUUUAUGUGUGAUGGGAUGGAAAUAACUACUAUAGAAGGUGUUAAUGAUGUCAUACCAAAAAGACUGGCAAAGUAUAAUGGUUCUCAAUGUGGAUAUUGUAGUCCUGCUCAGGUCAUGAAUAUGCAUGCUUUACUAGAUUUCAACAAAGGAUCAGUAUCAAUGAAAGAGGUGGAAGAUGCUUUUGAUGAUGUUAUUUGUAGAUGUACAGGUUACAGACCAAUAUUAGAUGCCAUGAAAUCAUUUGCAACAGAUUCCUCAUGUAGAAAUAAGACCAGCACUGCAGAUAUUGAGGAAUUAGGAAAGACGUUUUGUUCUAAAACAGGUCAGCGUUGCCAUGGUAAAUGUCAUCCCCACAUGGGACAACAGCUACAGGUGAUUGGUGCUGAUGCUGUCUGGUACAGACCAACGACCUUGGAUCAAUUAUUCAAGAUCAUUUCAGACAAUCCAGGAAAGAAAGUUAGAUUUGUAUUUGGCAAUACUGGCUCAGGUGUUUAUUACAGAGAUCUUGGUCUGACAAAUUUUAACAUAUUAAUAGAUCUCAGAGGAAUCAAGGAAUUGUAUGGUGUUGAUGUUGACUCAUCAAUAAUCCUAGGAGGAAAUCUGUCAAUCACUCAGCUGAUUGAGAUAUUCACAAGAUUCAAGCUAACAUCAUCAUAUGAUUACUUUACACAACUGGUAGAUAUGUUACAGAAAGUUGCCACUAGAUCUGUACGCAGUCUUGGAUGCUGGGCAGGUAAUCUAAUGUUAAAACAUCUACAUCCAGAAUUCCAGUCAGAUAUCUAUGUUUCUCUAGAAGCUGCUAAUGUAGGACUUAUCAUUGCUGACAAAACAGGAUCUAACCAAAUACCUAUCAGCCAGUUUCUGAAGACAGAUAUGACCAACAAAGUUAUAGCAGCCAUGAUAUUACAUUCCAUGAGUGAAGACUACAUAAUUAGGAUGUACAAAGUGGCACAAAGAGCUGAGAAUUCACAUUCAUUUGUAAAUGCUGGAAUAAGAAUGAAAAUUGACAAGAGUAACAAGUUUGUUGUGAAAGAAAAACCAUGUAUUGUUUUCUCAGGAAUAUCUAAAGAUUUUGUUCAUGCUGUACAAACAGAGAACUAUCUACAAGGGAAGGAACUUAAUGAUGUCAAAGUUAUUCAAGGUGCUUUAACAACUCUAGCAUCAGAACUAGAUCCUGACCCUAACAUUGACUCUGUUGAACCAAGUGCUGGGUACAGAAAAAAUGUUGCCGUUGGAUUCCUGUACAGUUACUUUUUGGAGGUGUUAGGAGAUACUGUUGGAUCUAAAUUUAGAAGUGGUGCCUUGCCCCUACAGAGACCCCUAUCUUCAGGACAGCAGUCAUAUGAUACCAAACCAAUGGAGUGGCCCCUUACUGAACCCCUGAUAAAAUUAGAGGCCAUGAAUCAGACAACUGGUAAAGCCCAGUACAUCAAUGACAUACCUCUACAUAAACCUCUGUAUGCUGCAUUUGUUACUAGUACUAUUGGUAAUGCUAAAUUAAAGAGUAUGGACCCUUCUAAAGCUCUGAAUUUGCCAGGAGUAUUGAAGUUUAUAACAGCAAAAGAUAUACCAGGAGAAAAUAACUGUUUUCCUAAUUCUAUGGCAGAAGAGGUUCUAUGUAGUGGUCAUGUGGUGUAUGCAGGACAGGCCUUAGGGAUAAUAGUUGCUGAUGAUGAGGAAACAGCGAACAGAGCUACAGGACAAGUAGAGGUGACAUACUCCGAUCAGAUGCAGCCAAUUCUUACUAUAGAGGAUGGUAUCAAAGCUAAAUCCUUCUUCCCAAAUCCUGGAGAUGUAGUUACAGCUGGGGAUGCUGAUGCUGCCAUUGCUAACAGUCCUAAAAAAAUAACUGGAAGUAUCAGUUUUGGUGAACAACAACAUUUCCAGAUGGAAACUCAGAUCAGUAUCUGUACCCCAACAGAAGAUGGCAUGGAUGUUGAAGCCUCUACACAGUGGAUAGACCUAACUCAACAGUCUACUGCCAUGGUGCUAGGGGUACCAGAAAGCAGUAUAAAUGUCAAGGUGAAGAGACUUGGUGGAGCUUAUGGCAGCAAGAUUACUAGGAAUUUAAUUGUGUCAGCUGGCUGUGCUAUAGCUGCUCAAAUCACGAAAAGGAGCGUGAAGUUAAAUAUGGAAUUUCACACCAACAUGACAAUGGUUGGAAGACGAUUUUCUUACAGAGCAGACUAUACAGUCGGUUGUAUGCAAGUUGGGAAAUUGAAUGGAAUAAAAAUCCAGUUGUAUUCUGAUUUGGGAUGUUUACCUAAUGACAACAACCUCCCUGUGGCUUUCACGUUUAUAGAUAAUGCUUACUAUUGUGAAAACUGGAAGCUAACACCUGUAGCAGUAAAGACAAACAAACCAAUGAAUACUUAUUGCAGAGCACCAGGUUCUACCCCAGGGAUAUUUGUAAUGGAGUCAAUCAUGGAGCAUGUUGCUAAGGAACUUAACCUUGACCCUACAUAUCUCAGAACUGUCAAUCUGUACAAAAAAGGACAGAAAACACCUUUAGGUGGUACAUUGAAGUACUGUAACAUUAUAGAACUUGUAAACGACCAUGAGACUUCAUCUGACUUUGGAAAGAGACAGAUGAUUGUCGAGGAGUUUAAUAAGGCAAAUAGAUGGAAGAAGAAAGGCCUGUCAAUAGUUCCUAUGAAGUUUGCACUGACCUAUGUGGGAGUACAUUUCAAUGCUAUUGUAAACAUCUAUGCUGGCGAUGGCAGUAUUUCUAUAUCACAUGGUGGCAUUGAAACUGGACAGGGUAUAAAUACUAAGGUAGCACAAGUUUGUGCUUAUGAACUUGGUGUACCUAUGGAUUUGAUUAAGGUCAAGGCCAACAGUUCCUUAACCAAUGCAAAUGAUUAUACAACAGGAGGUAGUAUUACCAGUGAGCUCUGCUGCUUGGCUGUGAUAAACUGUUGUAAAGAUCUGAAAACAAGAAUGGCACCAGUGAAAGCUAAAUUGAAAAACCCAACAUGGAAAGAAUGGACACAGAAAUGUAUAGAAGAUAAAGUAGACUUAUCUUCCAGAUAUUGUGUAUUCCAACCUGGUACAACUGAUCCCUACUACAACUCAUAUGGAGUUACCUGUACAGAGGUAGAAUUUGAUGUGUUGACAGGACAGCAUUUAAUCACCAGAGUAGAUAUACUAUAUGAUUGUGGUGAGAGUAUGAACCCAAUGAUAGAUGUGGGACAAGUUGAAGGUGCUUUUGUAAUGGGACUGGGAUACUGGCUGACAGAACAGGUUAAGUUUGAAAGCACAACAGGAAAACUAUUGACCCACAGUACAUGGGAGUACAAACCACCAAUGGCAAAAGACAUACCAAUAGAUUUUAGGAUACAGUUACUGAAAAAUGCUCCAAACCCAGUAGGAGUUCUCAGGUCAAAAGCUGUAGGAGAACCACCAUUAUGUAUGAGUUGCUCAGCUUUGUUUGCAUUGAAACGAUGUGUUGAAGCUGCCAGGAAAGAUAUACAGAAAGAUACAUUCUUCCCACUUGAUGGACCAGCCACUGUAGAUAAAUUACAAGAACUUUGUCUGGUAAAUCCAUCUCAAUUUGUCAUCUGAAUGUGUUAACAACCAGCAGCUAUGGUAAUGCUAUGGACAUGUUCCAUAGAACUUAAAACUUUUACUGCAACCAUCAAUUUAUUUGCCAUAUGGUUCACUCAACAUGGAAAUGUGGUACUGUGGAUUCACUUAAUUUCGUGGGUACCAAUUUUCGUAGAUUAAGGAAAACUUACAUAUUCGUUGAUAUUUGAUUUUGUGGUUUUUAAGAAGAUUGCAUUCAAGCCUAUAGGAUAUUUGGCAUACGUUGAACAUUUAAUUUUUUGUGGUUCACCUUUAUCCACAAAAUCUAUGAAAAUUGGUAUCCAAUGAAUUGUAAUGAAUCCACAGUAGUAUGAUUUGAAUAUGGACACUUAUUCUUAUUAAAUACCCAAUCAAAUUGUUUAAGACACAAUCAUGUAUUUCUUACAUAAUUUAAUGCAUUUUCCUUGUUUUAUAUGUUUACUUUGUUAGAAAGAUUUUUUUUUUUACACAAU